AUGUCUAUUGUCGAUGAAUCGCCUGGUUUUCUCCAAGUAUUUUCAGAUGGUUCCGUGAAUCGAUUUUCGCCUGGAACUAUUGAUGCAUUUUGCGGAUCAUACACCAACGGGUACAAAUCUAAAGAUGUCAUCAUUGACCCAACAAAGAAUCUAACAGGUAGAAUAUUUAUCCCUGAUGUCAAAUCAGAGAGUAAGUUCCUCCCCAUUGUGGUUUAUUUUCAUGGCGGUGGAUUUUGCAUCGGCUCCACAACCUGGCUGGGCUACCAUUUUUUUCUUGGAGACUUAUCAGGCAUUUCUAAGUCAAUUGUCCUUUCGGUGGACUACCGCCUCGCCCCAGAAAAUAAACUCCCGGCAGCCUACGACGAUUGCUGUAGCUCACUAGAGUGGCUAUGCAACAAUGCGACGCUUGAUCCAUGGCUUCAAAGGGCUGAUCUUUCCAGGGUUUUUCUCUCGGGCGACAGCGCGGGGGGCAAUAUCGUCCACCAGGUCGCGACCCGGUCUGUUAGGCAGAAGUUCAAUGGUCUCGAGAUCAAAGGGUUGAUCCCAAUCCAUCCUUACUUUGGCAGUGAAAAGCGAACAGAACUUGAACUGGCUCCAGGAUCCGAAGGACACGUGCAUUCCAACGACAUGUUUUGGAGACUGAGCUUGCCGGAAGGGCAAAAUCGCGACUACUUUGGAUGCAAUUUUGAGAAUACCGAGCUCUCUGAGGAAGAAUGGAGGGAAUUUUGUCCGGCGGUGCUGGUUUUCGUGGCGGGGCUGGAUUUCUUGAAAGAAAGGGGAGUCAUGUAUGCAGAUUUCUUAAAGAAGAAAGGUGUCAAAGAAGUGAAGCUGAUUGAAGCUGAAGAGGAAUCUCAUGUCUUUAACAUUUUCCAUCCUGAAUCAGAUGCCACUCGUUUGCUUCAGAAAACUAUGAGUGAUUUUAUACAAGAUUGUUGA